AUGACAACUAUGAAUGUUUUAAAAUUAUUUAAGAAUCAAUUUUCUUUAGGUUUUGGAAAUUCUCUUAAACUUUAUUCUACUACCAGGUAUCCCAGAAAAGUUAAAAUUGUAGAAGUUGGUCCCCGAGAUGGAUUACAAAAUGAACCAAAUAUUGUUAAAACAGAUGUUAAAUUAAAACUCAUCGAUGAAUUAGCAUCUGCAGGACUUCAAACUGUUGAAGCCACUAGCUUUGUUUCACCUAAAUGGGUUCCUCAAAUGGCUGAUCAUAGCGAGAUAAUGAAAAAUCUUAAAAAAAAGAAAAAUGUUAGGUAUCCAGUUUUAGUACCUAAUUUGAAAGGAUUAGAAUCUGCUAUUGAAGCAGGUGUAGAAGAAGUAGCCGUUUUUACAGCAGCAUCAGAGGCUUUUACAAAAAAAAAUACUAAUUGUACCAUAAAAGAAAGUUUAGAUAGAAUUUCUAAAAUAACAAAUCUUGCUCAAUCUGAGAAUAUUAAAUUAAGGGGAUAUGUUAGUUGUAUAGUUGGAUGUCCAUAUCAAGGAAAAAUUGAUCCUUCUCAAGUCAUUCCUGUUGUAACUGCUCUGGAUCAACUUGGAUGUUAUGAAAUUUCAUUGGGAGAUACAAUCGGAGUUGGGACUCCAGGGAGUAUAAAUAAUCUCAUGAAAGAAAUUGUUAAAGUUAUAUCAACUGACAGAUUAGCUAUUCAUUGCCAUGACACAUUCGGACAAGCUCUUGCUAAUGUUUUAACUGCAAUGGAGUAUGGAGUCUCAGUUGUCGACUCCAGCAUAGCAGGAUUGGGUGGUUGUCCUUAUGCAGAAGGAGCUUCUGGUAAUUUAGCAACUGAAGAUAUUGUUUACAUGUUGCAUGGUAUGAACAUAGAAACAGGUGUAAAUUUAGAAAAAUUAGUUAAUGUCGGAAGAUGGAUUUCAAGCGAACUGAAUCGUAAAAACAAUUCCAAAAUAAAUUUUAAAAAUAAUCAUUAA